AUGAACGCCCCGUUCGCGCCGCCGGGCGGCGCCUGGCAAGAGCAUCGCACCCCCGAUGGCCGCCUCUACUACUACAACGCUCUGACCAAGGUCACGCAGUGGACCAAGCCCGAAGAGCUCAUGAGCCCCGCCGAGCGCGCACUCGCAAAUCAGCCAUGGAAGGAGUACACGGCCGAGGGCGGUCGCAAGUACUGGUACAACACUGAGACGAAGCAGAGCUCGUGGGAGAUGCCCGACGUCUACAAGCGAGCCCUGGCCGGCGGCGGCGAGGCCACCCCGACGACACCAGCGACACCGGCCACCCCGCACACCGCUCAGGGCGGCAGCCACCACGGUGGAUUGGGAGGUGCCGAUCAUUACCGCGACCAUCGUGAGCCUCUCAAUGAAUCGCGACAGCUGACCUCGGGCAACAACAUCCAGGCUCAAGCCUUCGUCCCGGCCUCCAACGACCCCGAGUAUGCCACUGCCGAGGAGGCCGAGGCCGCCUUCGUCAAGCUCCUCCGCCGCGCCGGCGUCCAGCCCGACUGGACGUGGGAGCAGACCGUCCGGGCCACCGUCAAGGAUCCGCAGUUCCGCGCCAUCAAAGACCCCAAGGACAGGAAGGCUGCCUUCGACAAGUACUGCCACGAUGUCGUCGUCCAAGACAAGGAACGUGCAAAGGAGAGGCUGACGAAGCUGCGUGCCGAUUUUGCGACCAUGCUGCGGAGCCAUCCCGAGAUCAAGCACUACACGCGCUGGAAGACGGCCCGCCCCAUAAUCGAGGGCGAGACCAUCUUCCGCUCCACAAAUGACGAGAACGAGCGGCGCCAGCUGUUUGAAGACUACAUCGCCGACCUCAAGAAGGCCCACAAGGAGCAGCAGGUUGCCAUGCGCAAGAGCGCCAUGGACGGCCUGAUCGAGCUACUGCCGACUCUGAGCCUGGAGCCCUACACACGCUGGUCCGAGGCCCAGGAGACCAUCCAGAGCACCGCUCCUUUCCAGAAUGACGAGAAGUACAAGUCCCUCACCAAAUACGACGUCUUGACCGUUUUCCAGAACCACAUCAAGGCCUUGGAGCGCAAGUUCAACGAGUCGUUACAGGAAGAGAAGAACAAGCGGCUCCGCCGCGACCGCAAGGCCCGCGAUGACUUCAUCGCCCUCCUCUCCGAGCUCAGAAAGGACGGCAAGAUCAAGGCGGGCACCAAGUGGAGCUCCAUCUACCCGCUCAUCGCAUCUGACGAGCGCUAUCUGGCCAUGGCUGGCCGCCCCGGCUCUACCGCCAUGGAGCUGUUCUGGGACGUGGUCGAGGAAGAGGAGCGUGCCCUGAGAAGCAUCAGGAACGAUGUCCUCGACGUCAUCGAUGACAAACGCUUCGAGGUCACCCCGAAAACCACUUUCCAAGAGUUUGAGUCUGUCGUCAAGGGAGAUCAGCGCACAGCUAACAUUGAACGCGAAACUUUGGAGCUUAUCUUUGAGCGGGUUCAAAAACGGGCUAAGCGCACCGACGAGGACAGGCAGUUGGACCGUCAGCAGCGCCGCGCCCUGGAAGAUCUCCGUGCGCACAUGAAACGGAUGGACCCCCCCAUCAGCGUCAAUGACACUUACGAGCAGGUUCGGAGCCGGCUGGCUCACGUUCCCGCCUUCCAGGCUGUCAAUUCGGAUGAAGCGCGGCGGGGGGCCUUCGAGAAGCACAUCCGCCGCCUCAAGGAGAAGGAGGACGAGGCCGAGCGGGAGCGCCAGCGCCGCCGUGACCGCCCGGACAGCUAUCGUGACAGAGGUGAGCGAUCUCAUCGCAGCAGUGCCCGUUCUGUGAGGAGCCGCAGCCCGGUGGAGCACAAUACCUACGAGGCCGAGCGCCGCCACGCCGUGGCCGAGCGCGAGCGUAACUACCGCAAGACCAGCGCGGCUGAUGUCCUGCUCUCGGAUCGCCGGUCUCCCGCUCGCCGGUCUCCGUCUCUGCGCGAUCGGGACCGCGACCGCGAACGUGAGCGUGAACGUAAUCGUGACCGUGAACGUGAUCGUGACCGUGAUCGUGACCGUGAUCGCGACCGCGACCGCGACCGCGAUCGGGACCGUGACCGGCGCGACUACCGCGAUCGUGACUACCGCGACCGUGACCGUGACCGAGACCGAGAGCGCGACAGGGAUUGGGAUCGCGAGAGGGACCGGGACCGGGAUCGGGAUCGGGAGCGGGAGCGGGAUCGUGAGAGGGACCGCGACCGCGACCAUCGCGACCACCGGGACUACGACCGCCGCCCUCCCCGCCUGGACGAGGUCAACCACUACGACCGCGAGCGCCGCAGCCGCGAGGAGGACCGCGAACGCAUCUACCGCCGCCGCAUCCUGGAGCGCGACGUCGACGAGCUGCCGUACGGCGACGAGCGGCCGCCCAGCUCUUCGUACUCGCGCACGCGGCCCCGCCCGUCCGAAGAGGACGACCACGACCGGCGGGACGGCAACAGGCCGGCCGCGAAACGUGUCAAGGUCGAAGGCGGCAGCAGCGAGCGCAGCAGCAGUGGCGAUCGUCCCCCGAGCCGCGGCCAGCGCACUCCGCUCCCCAGCAAGGAGAAGGAACGGCCGUCGCCGAGCGUCCGGGCGGGGAGCGAGGAGGGAGAGAUCGAAGAGGACUAG